CUCGGCCAGUACUGCACAAAGCGAGGUACCUCGAGCUACCUCAGCAGACGACCGACACUCAACGCAAGCUCUCGCACGACGCUACACUGAUCACCAGUCGACGAGUGAGGCAGCCUGGCCGUUUGUCCGCGUCCGCCUACGCUCGCCUGGCGACGCGUCAAUAUCGAUUCUGACCUGAAUGGCGCGGAUAAAGAGCACGGCGGCGGUGCUAGAGACCCCCGCCGCGCAACGUCGUCACGGAUCAGGCCAUAAUGGCCAUUCUUCGAGUUCAACGACGACGCCGGACAGAUCUCAAAAUUCGGUCAAACUAGGCAGGCCUACCGCUGCUCAGGGUCCCAGUGGCACUGGCAAGAAGACGCAUACUUCGCCAAAGAAGCCAGAGCGUGAAGCGCCGAAACGGUCUGUCAAAGAUGCUCCUCCGCCGUCAUCGGUUGCCAAAGCGAAUGAAGAUGCGCCUGCGAGCGAUAUCAGACGAAUAAGCCUCAAAGUCGCGGCUCCUGCCGUCAAUGGCGAGCCGACGCCAGCGCUGAACAGAGGCAAAGCGACUCGGGAACCAUCAUCGGCCAAGCCGACCAAUAAGAUCAAGCUUAAGUCGUCUUCAACCUCGCUUGCGCCCAACGAGCCACCCGCCGUCAAUGGCAAAACGCACGCAGCAGACAAGCCUGAUAAGCGCACAGCGGCAGGCGCCGGGUUGAGCCUCAACUUGCAUUUCAAGCACCCCUCUGAAGCAUCAUCCAAGACCGAACCGCAAAAGAUAGACAAGAAAGGCAAGAGCAAGGCUAUCGAUGGACCCGAUACUAGCGUCGAGCCUGCGCCGAGCUCGAGCAAGAGACGCAAAAGUGGCAGAGCAGAAGCAGUCGCUCCUGUUGAGGAGGCACUCACCAGUCCGCUCGAUGCGACCGAAACCUCGACCUCGUCCAGCAAAAAACGGAGGCGCGGAGAGACAGAUGCAAGUGUGACUGAGGCGCCAGCACAAGCAGACGACACACCUGCGCCUGCCAACAAAAAGAUUCGUGUGUCUUUAGCCCGGGCUACAGUACCGGCACAGCCGUCCAAAGAAGCCAUAGUACCAGAGUCUCAACCGUCCGCCAAACGAUCACGGCGAAGUGUCGUCAACGGCGCUCGGGAGCCUACACCUGUCGAGCCUGAGCCAGCGCAAGAGGACGUCAAGCGAGAAGCCUCACCAGCCCAUGCGGCGUUGCGGCGUCGGAUCAGCAUGCCAGCACCUCCGGCCAAUCAGCCAAAUGCGGUCGCUGGUCCGCCUGCGCCGGAAAACCCUAAAGCUGUCAAGGAGCGCGGCCAAGCUCUGUAUGACGUGCUUGCCACUCACGAAGUCGGCGGUCAACUUUGGUCGGAGCCAUUCCUUAAACUACCAGAUCGUCGACAAUAUGCAGACUACUAUGAAGUCAUCAAGAAGCCCAUCGCAUUCUUAGAUAUUCAAGCCAAAUUGCGCGACGGAUCGUACGCCAAUCUAGAUGCAGUGCGAGCUGACUUUCAUCGCUGUUUCAACAAUGCCAAGCGAUACAAUCAAGUCGGUUCCGACAUCUACCUUACUGCCCAGCAUCUCGAUCGAUUAUUGAAGGCGGAAUAUGACGGCAUGACCGGCGCAAUUGACGCCAACGAUGAUGAUCUGGAUGCAGCAGAACCAAAGGCUGCUAGACCAAAGGGCACGCGCCGUGCCAGUGCUACGCCGUUGCCUACGGCAGAAGUGGAAGCAGUUCCUGAUACGCCAGAGAACGUCAAGACGCGCGGUCUGAAGAUUCUUGACGCUCUGGACAACUUCCAAGACGAUGGAAUCCUCAUCUCGGAAAUUUUCAGGCAAUUGCCAUCAAAGGCAGACUAUCCGGACUACUAUGCGAUCAUCAAGAAGCCUCUUUCGUAUGCAGAGAUCCGAUCGAAGCUCAAGUCUGGAGGCUACACUGCUCUUGCGGCAGUCUACGGAGAUCUGCAUCAAUGCUACUGCAAUGCCAAGCGGUAUAAUCAGAAGGAGUCCGACGUCUGGUUCGCUGCACAACGUCUCGACAGACUCUUGCGCAUCGAGUAUGGACGCGAAUCUGGAACAAUGACCCAACAAGAAGUGUCAGAAGAGACCAAGAAAUUCAAGAAGAAGAAACGCAAGUCUGACGUCCAUAACGAGCCAGAUGAUGACGAGCCGAACGAAGCUGGCGUUGCAAAGACAUCAGGCCCCAUUGGAAUGAAGCAAUUCUUCUCAAACAAGCUGGAGGAACUCACUGAUUUCGAGGAUCCCAAUGGUCGGCCGUACUCCGAAAACUUCAUCGAGUUGCCAUCGCGAGAGCUAUACCCAGAUUACUAUCUACAUAUCCAGAAGCCGAUCUCGUUCAACGUUAUUGAAGCCAGAAUAGCGCGACGCGGAUACCAAUCUGUGCAAGUUUGGUCAGCCGAUGUCCGGCUUGUCUUCACCAACGCGAUGUUCUAUAACGAAGAAGGUAGUCGGAUCAACAAGGAUGCACAGACUCUGCUGGCUAAAUUUGACGAAAUGAUGAAGGAGCCUUUGCCGGAGUUCAAGACGCGUGGAAAGGUAAAUGUCGUCGAAGAACCCAAGCCUAACCCGGAAGAGCCUAUCGCACCGAAACCUGUCAGUGGCAUCAAGCUUAAACUCGGCCAGCCUGCUGCGCCAGCGGAGCCAGUAAAGGCGGCUGCAAUUCCAGCGCCACCAGCAGAUGUGACGAUGACGCCUGCAGAACCAGUGAAGCAGCCUUCACCAGCCCUUGCUACAGUGACCUUGCAGCCAGCCGUUGAAGACCCAUAUCCGUCUCUGCCUAGCUCGAACAGGGCUGGUCUUGGCCGCCAGCUCAACAUCUCGUUUGGGCGCGUUGGUCUGCAUCCGCCGCCGAGCGUGACAGAGAUCGUCGAUCUGACACGGAACCGCACCGGCACUCCCUCUGUGCCACCUGCGGAUGUUCAGAUGAUUGAAGGAGCCUCUGGCGCUCCUGUCGAGCAAGGGACCUCCACGCCUGCACGAACCACGCGUAGGUCAGCUGCCGCGCUUUUGCCGAGUCCAGAGGUCAAGCUACCGCCUCCUGCCGCACCCGCAGCCGCUGUGACAGCUCGCGUUGUGCCCACACCGGAUACCGCGCCAGUACAGAUCGAGCAACAGGCCGAGCCUGUCGAGCCACCAGUGCCAGAUGUGCGUAGAGUGGUGGCAGCAGUCAGAUUGCCAGGCGAAGCCAUAGCGCUUCCUCAAUUUUUUGUCAAGUCGUACCCAUCCGAGAGUGGAGUCAUGCUGAACAAUCGACUUGUGCGUUCGCACGCAGUCGCCCUUCCAAGCUCGACAAGCAGCAUUGACAUCGUCCCCGUCAGAAAUGCAUUGCUGCCGGUCACGACAAUCUGGCGACCGACUUGUCGACCAGAGAACACUCCCAUCGAAGAGGCAUUCCUUGAGGAUUCAGAUGAUCCAACUGCGAUCAAGUUUGUAGUCACUCCUCAAGCUGGCACGACCGUGAUCGAGCUGGCCCCGUUCGACACAGACCGCAGCAGCGAAGUCUACAGGCUAAUCAUCACAAAGUAGCUAGCCAAUACGUGCUAAAGACAUGCAUGCU